GUUAAAAGGCUACAUUAACGCAGAGUAAGUUGUAUAAAAUGAGCCCGAAAAGGGAAUUCUCUGGGUAUGUACGAUGGAUGACGCGAGCUAGCGGUGGAUAUAAGCUAAUAGCAGAGAUUACGACUGUCCUUGCAGCAGUGUUUCCGGUUUUGUUUUCAAAAUAAAUAGAAUGGACGGGCUUCCCGAAGCCCAAAGCAAUCAAAAGCCAUCCAUUGAUUAUUUAAAGUCGAGCAACUGUUACUUUUAUUUCAUGCGCAUAUCCAACGAUUCGGGACUAAUCUGUGAUGUUGCGCGAGCGAGGAUCGUUCGCUGUUAAUUGUGAAGGAAGGGGUGACGCUGAAACGUCAAGUUCCAUUCCAACCAAUUUGGACCUCGUUUCUCUCGCUCUGGAAUUGAAGUGUCAACUCAUCUCUUUUGAUGGCUCCGUGACCUCCUCCCUCGCCAAGGUUGUCAUGUCCGCCAUGUCCGGCGACCUCGCUGCCGUGUGGGACGUGGCGUUGAGCGACGGAGUCCAUCGGAUCGCCUUCGAGCACGGCACCACCACCGGCAAGAGGGUCAUCUGCGUCGACGGGAAGGAGGUGCUGAGGCGAGAGUGGAUGUUCAAGCUGGUGGGCAAGGAGACGUUCACGGUGGGCAAGCUGGACACCAAAGCCACCAUCAACAUCGACGCGGUCAGCGGCUUCGCCUACGAGUACACGUUGGACAUCAACGGCAAGAGCCUGAAGAAGUACCAGGAGAAUAGAUCCAAGGUGACCAGCACCUGGCUGCUCAACCUGGACGGGAUGGAUUCCAGGGUGGUCUUGGAGAAAGACACCAUGGAUGUUUGGUGUAAUGGACAGAAGAUUGAAACUGCAGGCGAGUUUGUGGACGACGGCACGGAAACCCACUUCACCCUGGGCGAGCACAACUGCUGCGUCAAGGCGGUGAGCAGCGGAAAGCGCCGAGACGGACUCAUUCACACGCUGCUGGUGGACGGGGCCGAGAUAGCCGAAUGCGCCGAGUGACCUUGCGUCCCAAAUAGCCAGCCAGCCAGCGGUCGGUCGGUCGGAUGGGCCCGCUCUUUGGAUCCCUUUGCAAAACACUGGAAAAACUCAAUUGCACUCCAUUGUGAAAACAUGAACAUUAUUGUGUGAAUGCGCAAGAGCCCAAGUCCAAUCACUCUCUCCUUCUUUGUCCUUUCUAUUCAUUCCAAUGGAUUUUGGGCCAAAGAAUCCCCUGUUGGCCAGCAUCCCAUUUGAUAGGCCGCUCCAGAAGCCACGACGUACGUGGCUCGGGAACGCCGCCACUUUUCUUUUAAGCUGCCAUUGCCGGGCCGCUUCGAAGCCCGUCUAUGGGACGGCGGGCGGACACGUUAGCGUGAAUCUUUGUGUUUUUAACGGUGACGGUGAAAGAUUCCCACCCAGCAGUCGUGUGGAGUUACUUGAAAGAAACGUAUUUUUCAUAGUUGCGCUCUGUGAACAGAAGCUGCGUUCGUUUGACUUUGUAAGUCCUUUCUCGUCAAGUAGCUGAGUAGCAGUUGAUUUUGUGACGCCAACUGCAAUCAGUAUUUAGCUCAAUAAAAACAGAAGUACUGUA